GAUCUGGAUUCUUUCAUUUUUCCAGCUAAAGGGGCAAAUCUAAGCCCAGCCAAUCACGCUCGAUUCAGCGACAGCCCCAUUCCGAUUCCGCCAUUUUACCCUCCUUUUGUGGUUACGGUUACAGCUCAGCGUUACGCGUUAGCGAUCGUAGCCAAGUCGAAGUCUUAUUCUUUCUGAUUGAUCUAGUUCUGUCCGUCAGUAAAACUUUGAUUAAAUUUAAACUGAUAGAUGCAGUGAUGAGUUUAUCCUAAGACACUCUUAAACUUUACUAUCGUAGCCUAUAACGCUUGCGGAAUUUGAAACUAAGUUAGGCUACGUUCAAGUUUGCACUAUGAUGGAUAAAGUAGAAAUGAGUUUGGAUGAUAUCAUCAAAACCAGCAAACAAUUUAGAAAUCCACGCGGUAGAAGAGGAAGAGGUUCAAGAGGAGGUGGAGGGUUUCGUCGUGGAGGAAAUAGAGUAAAUGAAUCUGGAGGUGUCAGCAAAGUAAGAAAUACCGGUUCUGGAAGGAGAGGAUUUGGGGGGAGAUCUCCUUUCUCAAGAUCACCAGGAGAUAUUAACAGCCGUUGGCAGCACGAUAUGUACGACGGACCAGCGUUCAACAGACGCACUGCAACAUCAGGAUUGGCUGGUGGUCCUACAAAACUUCUUGUUUCCAACCUUGACUUUGGAGUAUCCAAUUCAGACAUUCAGGAGCUGUUCACAGAGUUUGGCCCCAUACGAAGCGCCAAUGUAAACUAUGACAAGUCUGGGCGAUCCAUGGGUUCAGCCAACGUUUUGUUCGAACGCAGAUCUGAUGCUGUAAAAGCAAUGAAGCAGUACAACGGUGUUCCAUUAGAUGGACGACCAAUGAAGAUAGAACUGACCACCACGGAUGUUGGUCAAGUGUUAAACAGAGUGUCUGGCGGGGGAGGGUUUGGGGGCCGCAGAGGAGGUGGUAGAAUGAACCAACGCGGCACAGGCGGAGGCAGAGGUUUCCGCCGGGGAGGAGGUGGUGGAAUAGGCCGAGGCGGAGGAAGAGGAGGAGGCAGAAAACAGCAACCCACCCCUACAGCAGCAGAGCUUGAUGCACAGUUAGAUGCGUACGUUAACAAGAUAAAGUGAAAUACUGUACUACACAAAUUGAAUGGAAAUUCUUUGCUAUCUGCCAUUUGGAUUAAGUUAUCAUGUAUCAUAAUUAAAAUACAUGGACUUCUCUGUUUAUAGGUUUCUAAAGGAUUAAGUUGUUUCAAAAAAUGCAAUUGUUUUAUAUGUUUUUGUGCAAUAUCACCUGAGUGGUUAUAUUACUCAUUUUAUAUUCUCAUUAGUCCAUAUUCAAUUUGUCAACAACUAAUUUUAGACUAUAAAGUUUUUAUGACCCUACCUGAGUACAGUGUAAUUUGUUGCCUUUUAUAGCUUUAGUAUUAAUUAUCUCUGACUAUUAAUACAACUAGACAUCCCAUCCCCAUGUUAAAUGUUAUGACCCAUCAAAUCCGUCAACAAAAGAUAAGGUAUAAUUUUAAAAUAUAAUUUUAGACACAAGCACAUUCUGUGACUGGCUCACACAGCCACGUUCAUUUUAAAUAAAAAAUUGGUGACAGCUAGUCCAUAUAGAUGGGAUGUCUACUUCAGUAUCCAAUAGUCAAUGGUAUAUCUAAUUUAUUUUGCAAAGAGACAAGUUAUGUAGUUUUUAUACAUAUGUUAGUCGGGGGUGUAAAUUAUUCUUUCUACGUAAACCAUACUAUUUUAGGAGGUAGGAAUGAUGCAACAAAGCAAAUAAAUCAGAUUUUUCUUCAACUGAGUAUGCAAGAAUGUAAAUAUUGUAAUUUGAUAACAACAAAAGUAGACCACUAGUACCUCGUAGUAGUUGGUAGUUUGCUUUUUGUAAUAAGCAAAUCAUUUUGUUGGAAGCUUACAUUACUUUCUACUUUCUUAUCCGGGACAGUUUUUCAUUUUAUUUGCCGUACACAUCUCUCCAAGCAAUAUAGUUUUUAUUAUGAAUAAUAUUUUAACAUAAAAAUAAUCGGGAAGCAAAGCAACUUAGCCUAUUAGGAAAUUGUAAAUAAUUUUGAUACAGUGACUCUUGUACAUAUUUAUAUUUUUAAAGUUCAAUUUUAUUAUUUAUUUAAUUUUUAUUCUAAGCAACCUUUAAACCCCCCAAAUAAAUAAAGCUGGUUCAUAUCAAAGGAAUCUUCGAAAAUAACUCCAAAUUUAACAAUCUCCCUUAAUUGUAAGAUUCAUGGUACAACUAACCGUGUUAUGAUUUGAAAGCAAGAAUCGGGUCAGCACAAUAAUAACAAUGUUUAAGCAGUAUUCCUCCUACAUAACAAGUCUUCUUAAGUCUUACAACUCACAAUCUCUUUAUUUUACUUUUGAACUGCAAUGUGUUUAUGUGGAUCAUGUUAUUAUUUUUCUACAUAAUGCAUUUGAUAUUUAGUAGUUCAUUAUUUAAUACUUAUGUAUCUUCCAUUUAUAAUUACGAUCUUCAACUCAGGACAGAGGAGUUCUCGCUUAAUGAAUUUCAACCCAUAAUGGGAGAUCUAUAAAUUUAUUUAAGGACAAGAUUCUUUAGCCAUACUACUUACAGGUUAAAUCUCCUACCCGAGAUACAGGUGUAUUCACUAAAGUAGUAAAUAUAUUAUGCCUACUACUAGUAAAGAUUUUACAAACAACAAAAUUGUUAUAUUUUUUUAUCUGUUGUUUGACUUUCCUAAUAAAUUGCAAUACAAGU